GCGAGUCAAAGACUUCAAAGUUUACGUAACUCUACCGAUCUCUUCAAAUUCACAUAUAAAUAAGCAUCUUAUCUCUUGCAUCAUUUCAUCGAUCAAAUAUGGAUUUUCACCUACAUCAUCAAGGUAUCUUUAAGUUUUCGGUUUCGAUUUUCAUUCUUAUUCUGAGCUCUACAAAUUCUCGAAACAAUUCAUCAUUCAUUCACUAUGUUGAAUCAUCUUCUCUUACAGUAGACAGAGAAGCUCUACUCUCAUUCAAGUCUCCAAUAAUAGACCCAUCAAAUGCUUUAUCUUCAUGGAACACAAGCUUAAAUAAUGUCUGCGACUGGACCGGUGUCAUUUGCGACCAAGUGAUCGUCGAUGAUGGCGCUAAUAAUAGUACCAGCAACAAGAACCAGACAAGAGUCACCGGGCUUGAUCUCGAGCGAUUUGGUUUGUCAGGAACCUUAAGUCUCGGCAACCUCUCUUUUCUUCGCGUACUUCACUUGCCGAACAACAAAUUCUCCGGUACUCUGAUUCUUCCAAAUUAUGCUGGCGAACUUUGUCAGCUUCGUACUUUAAACAUCAGCAGUAACGACAUCCAUGGCCAAAUCCCGCUGAGCAUAGUCAAGUGUUCAGAGCUCAGAAUUCUCGACUUGAUGGGGAAUCAACUCUCUGGUAACAUCCCACCGGAAAUCGGUCAAUAUCUCCUUAGACUACAAGUUCUCAAGUUAAACCAGAAUCAACUUUCCGGUACAAUCCCACCGUCAAUUGGAAACAUUUCUUCCCUCACAGUUCUAGACUUAGGAACAAAUACUAUCGGCGGGCCGAUACCGAGCGAGUUGGGUCGUCUUCAAAAGUUGAAAACACUGAGUCUUUCCAUUAACAAUCUUACCGGCACUGUGCCACCAUCUUUAUACAACAUUACUUCUCUGGUUCAUUUUGCUUUGCCUUCAAACAACUUAUGGGGUGAAAUUCCAAGUGAUGUGGGAGAUAAACUGCCAAAUCUUAUUGAUUUCAAUUUUUGCAUUAAUAAGUUCACCGGAAAAAUUCCCGGGUCACUGCAUUACUUGCCAAAUAUCCAGAAUAUUCGUAUGGCACAUAAUUUACUAGAGGGAACUGUUCCACCGGGGCUUGAGAAUUUGCGUAGCCUUCGAAUGUAUAAUAUCGGGUAUAAUCGUAUAGUUGGCUCAUUGGAUUUCAUCAGCUCUUUUAGUACUAGUCCGAAUCUUGAUUUUCUUGCUUUGGAUGGCAAUCUUUUCCAAGGUGCGAUUCCAGAAUCCAUUGGGUUCGACCUGUCAGAAACUAAGCUCACAAAAUUAUACAUGGGUGAAAAUCGCAUCAGUGGUAAGAUUCCUGCCUCGGUGAAUCUUCUUACCAAUUUGGCUCUUUUAAAUUUAAGCUAUAAUUCAAUUUCUGGUGAAAUUCCACCAGAAAUUGGAAAUCUUAAGAAUUUGCAAGAGUUGGUUCUGGCUGAAAACAAAAUUUCGGGCGGAAUCCCGCCCUCGCUUGGCGACUUAAACAAACUCAAUGUGCUUGACUUGCAUGGGAAUGAACUGGUUGGAGCAAUACCAAAUAGUCUGGGCAGCUUGCAGCGGCUUAAUUCCUUGGAUUUGUCCAGAAAUGAACUCAAUGGAAGCAUACCUGGACAAGUACUUUCAGGGCUAUCUGGUCUAUCAAGUCUCUUAAACAUGUCCCGAAAUUCUUUAAGUGGUUCUCUGCCUCAAGAAAUCCGAAACUUGAAAAAUCUUGUGACGAUCGAUGUUUCCCAUAACAAGCUAUCUGGAAGUAUCCCGAAUUCAAUCGAAGAAUGCAGGAGUUUACAGAAACUAUUCAUGUCGAGUAAUUCCUUCUCUGGUCAUAUUCCUUCAACAUUGGCAAAUGUUCUAGGAAUGGAAAUACUAGACCUCUCCUCGAACCAACUCUCUGGUCCUAUUCCCAACAAUCUCGAAAAACUCCAAGCCCUCCAUUUGCUAAACCUCUCUUACAAUGACCUUGAGGGACAACUUCCAAGUACUGGUGUUUUCAAGAACUUCACCAGCGUUUAUGUACAAGGAAACUUUAAACUUUGUUCUAAUUCAUCUCAUUUUUCACCUUCUCUACCGGUUUGUCGCCAACGAAGGAAAAAAUCAGUGGCGACUCGAGUUGUAGUCCUGCUUAUAAUAGCAUCAGCGUCCGUCUUUUCUCUGUUGUUGGUGGCUUCGUUUGUGUAUUAUAUGUUGAUCUACAGAAAAAAUGUAGCCAGUGGAGGUGUUUCAAAUAAGAAAAAGAUACACGACGACGAGCUGUUUAGAGGAACACAUCAAAUGGUUUCUUACGAAGAACUUCGUGCUGCAACGGAUAAUUUUGACGAGGCAAAUUUUACUGGAAGUGGGAGUUUUGGGUCUGUAUACAAAGGAAAGCUUUGGGGAGAGAUUACGGUUGCAGUUAAAGUUCUAAAUCUCGACCAAGUAGGAGCUUCAAAGAGUUUCUUUGCUGAAUGUGAUGCUCUAAGAAGCGUUCGCCACAGAAAUCUUGUUAAACUUAUUACGUCUUGCUCUAGUAUUGUUCUGAGAAAAACAAAUUCCACCGAGUUUAGAGCUUUAGUUUACGAGUUUUUGAGUAACGGGAGCUUGGAUGAUUGGAUCAGAGGGAGGAGGAGAAGAAGAACAGUUAGUAGUGAUGAUGACAGCGACUACAACGACGAGGAAAAUGCAUUCGUAAACAGUAUGGACUAUAGGGAUGACGAUCAGGAAAAUGCGUUUGUUGUAUUGAAUGGUGUGGAGAGACUGAAUGUGGCAAUAGAUGUUGCGAGUGCAUUGGAUUACCUGCACCAUGAUUGUGAAGUUCCUGUGGUGCAUUGUGACCUUAAGCCGAGUAACAUAAUCUUAGACCAUGACAUGACUGCAAAAGUUGGAGACUUUGGGUUAGCAAGAACAUUGUUGAGUACUGAUGGCAAUGAAACUACUGCAACCUAUGGGCUCAAGGGCUCCAUUGGGUAUAUACCUCCAGAAUAUGGACAAGGACGGAAGCCAUCGACAAGAGGGGACGUCUACAGUUUCGGCAUAAUGUUGUUAGAGAUGUUUACAGGACGAAGUCCAACACAUGAAGGAUUUAAUGGAGGAAUAAGCUUGGUGAAGUGGGUCGAAUCGGGUUACCCUAAUGACAUUUUACAAGUACUGGACCCUCAGCUGCAAAUGUUGCACCAAACAUCAGAACCAUCAUUACCAAUUAUAAUGAACGGCAUUACUGGUAGUAGCUGUAGUUUUGAAGAUAAGCAAAUUGAACAUGGAUUUUUCAUUUCAACUGUAGGAGUUGGGUUAUCUUGUGCUGUCGAUGCUCCUGAAAUGCGUAUUACGAUAAGGGAGGCUCUCCAAAGGCUUAAGGAGAUAAGAGACACCCUUGUAAAAUCAAAUGUAUUUAGUUUAUAUUAAGGGGCAAUCUGGUCCAUUGAAAAUUAUCAUUUCAUUUCUUGGAAAUAAAUAAUAAAAAGAAAAAUAUGUACAUUUCUUUCCACUGCUUCUUCUUCAGAGGAGGUGAAGGGAUAAAAAUGGUGUUAUUAUCUAGCUUUUCUUGCA